UACAGGAACGGCGGUGUUCGUAGGCAGGCCCGGUGAUCAGGAAUCAGAAAAGCGGUACGAGCCUAGUACGCUGUCACCACUUCAUACUGCGGCAGCGAGCUAGUGUCGCGCUUUUACAGCAUCAAGCACGAAGAUCUACACAGAAAUCGUAGCAACAUGGCUCAAACGCUGAUUUUUACGUUUUUGGUCCUUUUCGGCAUGCUAUGUCAAUAUACAGAUGCUGCGAGUAUUAACAUUGAAGCCCAGCCUUACGUCAUUCUCCCAGUGCUGUCCAAGAAACUAAACAUGCGAUGCUCCAUACAAAAUUCCACUGCAAAAUCACCUCUUCUGACCACCCUAAUGCCGCCCACCACACAGAUGACUUCUGCGUCCAGUACCCAGAUCGCAGGGCCUGUGUCAGCAGGGCAAGGAUCCGAUGUUUCCCACCUGCUGUCUCUUGUCAUCACGAAGUUUAACGCAGUGACGGGCGAGAACGAGACCUUGGCCAGUGUUGCUGGAUGUCUAGCGGCGGCCCCCGAGGUGAAUUUUCUCGGGAAGGUCACGGUGGAUGGAAACACGGAUUGGUCACCUGUAACAGGUGAGGUAGCCUAUCUACAGGUAACAUGGGAGAUGCCGCUUAGCGAACAUUCUGGUACCUAUUACUGUGAAGCUUCUGCACUGACAUCGGAAAAACACUCAAUUUCCAUAAGCGCGUCUUUGCAGAUCGUCACGAAGGACCCAACCAUUUCAGAUCUGGUCACAUAUAUUUCUGAACAUGACAAGAACAUAUCCUCAUUAAGUGCACAGAUGCUGGCGCUUAAACUAGAGAAGGAAGCCCUGAAGUUGGAGCUGGAGACGAUGAAAUCAAACUUAACAGCACAAAUGUCGGACAUUGAGACCAGAGUAGCCAGCAUCAGCGGACAUAACAUCCAAACCGGAAGUACCAGUUGCUCCUACCAGUACGUCACCUUUCCUGUUGCUUUCAACUCGACCCCAACAGUAUUCACUUCCAUGGGAAGUUUGUACAUGUCCGGCUACUCGUCUUAUUCCUCUGCUUCCUACCAAAUCUCAACCUCGUCUGUGACUAACGAAAGUUUCUACUUGAGUUGUUCAAUCUCUGGAGCUUUCUCCAGCUCUACCAGCAUAAACUGGUUAGCCAUUGUUUGAAUUGAAUAAAAAGGUUUAAUCUAAUAACAUUACAUGAUUACAACUACAUCCCUACAACAUUCAUUUCCCUCACAAUAAAAAAAAAACUUUAACCUUAAAUGCGUAUCGUUAUUAAAAUGUGUACAUUUUGUACUUGAACAAAUCGCAUUGUUAACAACGAUUGUUAAUGUAAGUUUCGGCAAAUGUGUAUAUAAAUUUCUAUUUAGCUGAGGAGAUAUGACCAGUUUUAAUUGAUGUUUUGUCAUUUGUGAAACGUUUGUAACCAAUAAAAUCAUUACAUUUUUA